UGUAUGUAGGUUAUGUAGUUGAUAGCCGUACAUACGUCAUACAUCAAAGUCGUCAAAGUAAAAGUAAUCGUCAGAUUAAGGCAAAAUGCAGCUUCGUGUUAUCAGAUCAUUUGCUUUAUUGAAAAUUAUCAAUUUGAAAACAGUGGGUAAUCCAUUAUAUACCGCAGAACACACUCGUACAACAUAUAUGAAUUUAAAGAAUCUUGCAAAACCGUAUAAGAAACAUUUCUUUCAUAACUCUCAACAAAAAUGUUUUGUAAGUGAAAGAUUGGUAAAAAAGGUGGCUAAGAUUGCAUUGUGUGCCGGAGGGAUUAUGUGGAUGACAGGAGUUAUUCACGCUCCAGUGAAAGGGCCAAUUCAUGCCAGUAACCCUGUACCUGAAAGUCCACAAGUUGCAACAAGUUCACCAGGUAUUCGUUUAUAUGUGCAUUUGGAUAUGAAUCCAAAUAAUACCACAUCUUUGAGUAAACCAACAUCUGAUGAUGAAACAACAGUUGCACCAUUAGGCAUUGAUCCACCAAAAGUUAUGGACCCAGAAAGCAGUCCAUCAUCAAUUGAUAUUCAAUCAAAUGAAGGAGUUGACAUUCUUCCAGACAAUUAAAAAUGAUUCAGAUGCAAGAUAUAAGUACACAUAUAUUUAUUAUUAUCUUAUGGAAUAAGAUAAUUACUGUACUGGCAAAUAACACAUUGUUUCUUUUUUACUUUUAUAUUAUAUUAAUAUAUAAUUGUAAAAAAUAUUAAUAAUAUUAUUAUAAAAUAAAAUAAAAAUUUUUUCAUUUUUCUAACA